UGAAUUUCGUUCAUAAGGAGGUUGAUUUUGUAAAGAAAAUUCAGACGAACUUAGAUUGACUUAAAUUUUUAGUAACUAUCUUUUAAAAAGCAACAUGCUAAACCUAGCAGAACUUGUCCAAAAGUAUGGUGACAAUUUUAUUGUACCACCUGCACCUGUUAAGUUUUUAAAAUUGGUGGAUGCUGAAUCGGAUGAAGAACAACCCAAGAUUGACCACCUACAGUCAAGCUGCAUUCAACCUUUUUGCGCCACCCGAGUCUUUCAAUACAAAAUCUCGAACCAUAAAAUCAUCGCUCAAGGAGAGGACAUCAAAACGGUUUAUGAUGUCGUACUGUCCUCGGAUUCUGAAGUCGACUAUCGUUGGACACCGGGCGAUACCGUUGGAAUACUGACAAGAAAUUCAGAUGAAGAUGUGGACAGUUUGGUUGAUCACUUGGAACUGCAGUCUACCCAACACAAGCUCUAUCGCGUUGAGGUUGAUCCAGCUACGAAGAAAAAAGCUGCUAAAGUUCCAGUUUACAUCCCCAAAUUGGUUCCACUGAGGAAGCUGUUUUCCGAGUGUCUCGAUUUGAAGUCGAUUCCAAAAAAGCUCUUCAUUCGAGCUCUCCUCGAUUUCACCGAAGAUGACGCAGAAAAACGUCUCCUUUCCGUGCUCUGCAGCAAAGAUAGUUCUGCCUUUGACGAUGUGGUCCUCAAGACUGGAAUGAGUUUCCUCACGUUGCUUCAGAACGUCCCCAGGUGCAAACCUCCAGUAUCGAUUCUGAUCGAACAUCUGCCCCGACUCAUGCCUCGACCAUACUCGAUUGCCAACGCUCAUGGCGAAGGUGGAAAAGUUAGAAUUUUAUUUUCAAUGUCCGAGUCUUGCCCGGGAUUGACGACUUCAUUUCUUCGUAGCUGUUGCGAAACUGAAGAACCAGUGUUUCUGUACUUUAGAAAUACAACCCAUUUUAGUUACAAGGAGGACGACCUGCUCAAGGAUAUCGUCAUGAUCGGGGUUGGCACGGGAAUCGCUCCAUAUCUGGGAAUUCUAGAUCAUCGAAGAAACUCAAAGGAAGCAGGAUCACUCGGAAAAGCUUGGCUUUUCGCAGGAUUUCGCCACAAGGAAACGAGCUAUCUGUGUCGAGAUGAACUCUCGCGCUGCUUAAAGGACAACAUUCUGAACGAUCUUUCUGUUGCAUUUUCGCGGGACCCAAACGCCCACUGCCGCUACGUUCAGGAUCAGCUGGAAGCGAACAAGGAACGGGUCGUGCGGACGCUUCGCGAUUCGGACGGGAAGUUGUACGUGUGUGGCGAUGGGAAAAUGAUGCUUCCCCAAAUUGAGGAGAAAAUUGGAAAAAUGUUGGCCGAAGUUUUGUGCAUAUCUGACGAGCAGGUGAAAGCACUGAUCAAGGAGUGGAAAACGAAGCAUAUGUACAUUGAGGAUGUUUGGCUGUGAGAUUUGUUUAUUUUUAAUUUGUUAUAAAUUGUUUGC